AUGAGAUUAGCAAUUUUCAAGCAGUUUUUCCACGACACUUCGUUGUUCAGUCCGUCAUCGAAAUUCCAAGGACAAAUCGAAAGCAAGAAAGAAGAAAAGAGAUGGUUAUUCUACGCCACAGAUUUUCAAUCUUUGAUGUAUCCUUGUUUCAUAUUGUGCCGCAUUUUUGGAAUAUUCCCAUACAAGAUCAACACUUCAUCCUUAAAAACUUCUAAAUCUUAUAAUAUUCCAUCAACUUUAAUUAUGUGCUUCUUUUGCUUUUACUCAUUGAUAAUAAUAUAUAUGGGAAACAUUUAUGGAUACUUCCAUGACAAUGUACGCAAAAGUAUUGCAAAUAACUCUUUCUACAUAUUUGGCAGUUUCAUAAUGAUCGUCACGCUCGUCUUAAGUAGUCCACGAAUACGUUUGCUUCAAAUCAUACAUCAGAUCUCUUCACGACUAUCUCCAGAAUCAUAUCAACAAUCGUCUAUGUUAAUUCACGCCAAGGACAUUUUCGGUUUUUCUUUCAUACUCAUUCAAUCAGCGUUGUGUUAUGACCCGAACUUUCCUAUUGUGAACUAUUUAUCGACAAUCUACAUGAUUCUGUUAGUGUUUGUGAUGGAUAUGCUAUACAUAAAUUGCGUUUGUGUAUUAAAGGCUUGUUUCAAAAAAAUUAAUGACGAUCUGGCAAAUUUGCUCAUAACAAACAAUAAAUCGCAUUCAGUCAUGUGGAUCUAUCAUGAGCAGAGAGACCAUCUUUUGUUGAUAGAGCUUAACGACUUGAAGAAACGGCAUUUGAUGGUUAGUGAUACAGUACAAAGAUUAAAUAUAAUUUUCAGUCCGCAACUCCUCGCAACCAUAGCCUUAUCUUUCAUGGAAAUAACUUUUGAACUAUACUUCAAUAUGGUAAAAUGGAAAAACGGAUUAUAUAUCAACCUGGCUAAGCAGAUUCAUCACACUUACAUACUAACCUACGUCAUAUAUUAUUUUGUAAAAAUAGCGUUGAUAGCAUGGGCUUGCGAAACCGGCAAAAAUCAAGCCAUAAAAAUUAGUACUACUGUUCAUGACGUGCUUAAUAAUAUUAACGACAAACAAAUCAAACACGAGUUGCACCUGUUUUCUUUGCAACUAAUGCAUUGUGAUAACACAUUCUCCGCAAAAGGUCUCUCACUGAACGCGACGCUUGUCAGAGCGAUGAUGGGUACUAUCACUACAUAUUUUUUAAUUUUAAUACAGUUCUUGAUCUUGUCACAUUCUUGUGAUGGAAAGACUGCAAGCAAUGUUACACAAACAAUCUAA